UUACAAUUCACCUCUUGUUGAGCUUACUAGGAUGGACGAAGACCCCAAAGGAAAGGCGCCGGAGUGCCUCUCUCCUCAGUCAGAGGAUGGCGACGUAGUCAUAGCACCAGAGGAAAUAUACUAUCGCGAGUAUCAAGAAUGGGAAAGCAUCACCGCUACUCUUGAAGAAUCCAGAAUUGAAUAUCGAAAUGUCUCAAUGCAGAAUGAGCCAAGCGAAGGCGAAUUUUCAAUGAGCUUCACUGCCUUCCUACAAAUCCACGAGGGGUAUUACGACCGGGUGUACGAUGAGUAUUAUUUCCAUCGUUGGAUGGCAUGGCAUCAAGAAAUGAGUCGAAGACGGCGAAGGGCACUGGACCGACAGCGUUUCGCUUCUCUGGCUUACGAUCGUUCACGCUCCGUACGUUAUACCAGACCAAAGAUGAGAAAGCGACCAAGAUCCGAGGUCGGAGAAGGUUCUGUGUCUGGUGUUGAGGCGAGAAUAGGAGAGAUCGAAGAAGAGUGUCGGUUGGCAAGAUCCGCAUCCGCAUUCUUCUGACACCAAUUCGCUUUACACAAGGAAAGAGUAUCACACAAGUCUGGAGGCAUUUAUCUUGAAACAAAUCGUGCCUUUUUAGCACUUCUUUUCACUUUCACUGGCGGAUCGCUCAUUCUGUGGCAUUUUAUUGGCUGUCUGCUGUCUGCAUCUUUGUGCCAGAGGAAAUCGAUGAACUAGACAAGUGAGAGUAUAUUGACGAGUCAAAGGGCUAAAAUGAUGAUGAUAGUGGUGGUUGGUUGGAUUCCAAUGAACUCCCAUUUUUGUCCCAAAGAAGCAACGAGUUACCGCAUCGAGGUUAACCCUUUCGCAUUCACUUGGCUUCGAAUAUACCAAAAACGAAUUACUAUCCAUCCUACUCUUUCUUAGAAGUAAUGUACUGAAAAUU